UGAAGAAAUUUAGGGAGUGCUACUUCUAGUUGUGAUCAAAGUUCAGCUUCCAACAAGUUAUUGGACUAUAUAUAAAUCAAGAUCUCUCCUUUACAAACCCCUGAAAAAAAAGUUGCUUGAAGCAUGUUUUGGUUACGGCAGCACAUUUUACCACUGGUUGAAAGCUUUCAGGACAGGGAGAGGAGCCCUGGGGCUGAGUCAUUUCGAUCAGCACUUUCAGAUGGUGCCGAGUCAUUCUACUCUGCUCUGUCUGACCAUCGAAGCAGCAUCUAUUAUGAUGCAGAGUCAUCAGACCUUAAUUCUUCGGAUUCUGACUCCAGAUAUGCUGAUGUAGAUGAGGAGCCCCACCCAGAGCAGAUGCCAGCUGUGGCGACUGAAUUUGAGGAAUCUAUCACCAAAGAGAGCACACUUGAUGAGGCUUAUGAAAGCUUUAGCUAUGGAAAGUUAUUUGAAGAUGUGUAUGGGACUGUUGUGCAUAGACCACCACUACUAAAACGUCAGCAAAAGCAUCAGGACAACGAAAAUGAAAAGCAGCCACUACGAAAGUGGCGCCCACUUCCUCGUAUUCCUGUAAUAUCUGAUUUACCGCAACUGAAUUUAGUAACCUCUGCCAGCAGUGAACUGCCCGCUCAUCGAGAAUCAUUGCCUACAGAGUUAAAUUGUUACAUGAAGCAAGAACAGGAUGGACAAGAAAUAGACAGUGAACUUGGAGAUGAAAUUCUAGAAGGAGAGAACAUCACAUCUUCAAUUUUUUACCUUGAGCAAGCAGCUGAAGAAUUUGCAGAGUUUAUUGUAGAUGAAGCAAAGCUCAAAGCAUGCAGAUUUUUAACUGAAAACUCCAUGUUAGAAAACGAAAAAAUGGCAGAACUUGACUUGGAUAACUUAUCAAAUGAUGGUGCUCAUAAACCAUGUCCACUGGGUCAUUCUAUGAUUGCUACUGAUGGCAUGACUUUACAUCCAGUGAGAUCGGAGGACCGGGAUAUUCUUGAUGCUUUCAACAGACAGUUUGAACCAUGCUUUGAUUCAGAAGAAGAACCUGACAGCCAAGUGUUUGAAAAUGCCUCGGAGGAAGAGGUUGAUUGUAUGGGAUACACAGAUUUUGAUGAAAAGGGACUUUUAAAUAGGAAUGCACUUCUUGGCACAUUUAAAAGGUUUCCGCAUCGAGCAUUAGACAACCUGCAUCAUGAACACUCAUUUUCAGAUUGCUCACAAACUGGUGGAAGUUCAAGACAUCACCCUGUGUCAUGCCUUCCUGUAACUAGCUCAGCCAGUGAGCUCACUGAUAAAUACUGGAGACGUCACAGUUCAGAUAUUGCUGAUACUGCUACAAUACAGUACAAGAGGCUUGACUCAGUGAACAAAAAUUUUCUGAGCAGUGAUCCAGACAUCAGUAAAUAUCCACAUUUAAACCUUUCAAAUGGUUAUGCAGAUACCACCAUGACCUCUGUACCAGAUACAGCUGCAAACGUUUCCUGCUUUGCUGAACCUGUAGCGAAAGAACCUGAUCCUUUGGAAGAUGCAAAUGCACAUAUGCAGGCUCAAUUCCCCCCUGUGACAUAUUCCAAGAGAUUACUUGCCAAAGGUCUGUCAAAGUCAUGUUCAGUUAAUUCACCAUGUGAACUUUUACAUGAAAACAAAAGUAGUGUGUUUUCUUCAGCACAAGAGAAUGACAGUGCCCUUUUGAAUGAGCUGCCAAAGCCACCACCUCGCUCCCCACGCCACAGUAGUGUAACACCACCUUCCCUAUUGGAAGAGCAGCCAAAACCACCACCUCGCUCCCCACGCCAUAGUAGUGUAACACCACCUUGUAUGUUGGAAGUACAGCCAAAACCAACACCUCGUUCUCCAUGCCACAGUAGUGUAACACCACCUUCUCGAUUGGAAGAACAGCCAAAGCCACCACCUCGUUCUCCACAUCACAGUAGCGUAACACCACCUUCUCUGUUGGAAGAACAGCCAAAACCACCACCUCGCUCUCCUCGCCACAGUAAUGUAGGACAACCUUCACAGUUUCAGCAGAUUUCACCUGAAGGUUCUAAUUUGCUUCAAGGCACCCCCAUGAAAGGGAAUACGCAGGUAAAAAAUCAAGCUCAUUCUUACAGUAGCCUAUGCCUUGAAAGUAAUCUGAAAGCACCUACACGGCGCAGAAGGGCCCCGCUGGGACAUGAGGCAUCUAAAGGUAUUCUACCAGGUGACAGUACUCCGCGAAAAAUGGACAGUUGGACUUUCACUGAGCAGGCUGGAAAGGAAGAACUAGCUGUCCAAAAUGAGCCCCAGACUUUUACAGAAGAAUUUCAGCAUGGAGAAAUAUGUUAUGAAAGUGAUGAGAACAGCAGUCUGUCAUCUUGUGAAGACUCUGAGACUGAUGGAGAGAUUCCUUCCAGAGAAACACUACAACAGCCCUCAUUUCAGGGUCUAGAGCACCAGGAGCAUCCUCCUACAGGUGGAAUUUUGAGGCUUCCCUUUUCUUUAUCAGAAUUGUCAGGACAUCUUUUUGAAGAUGACUCCCCUUUGGAUGUUGUCUCCUUUCGUGUUGUUGAGAACUGCGAUUUUCUUAAUGAUACUUGCUCUGGGAGUGAACCUUAUAUGAUGAAACUUAGGCCUAAUGAUGACCUUUCAGCAUUUCUAGUUGACCCAGGCACAAAUGAGCAUCCUGAGGUCCAAGGCAGUGACAGCGACAGUGUGUUUGAAGACACUACAUUUGAAUCAUUUCAUGAUUGUAACUUGGACAGUGUUCACUCUGAUUGUCUGCCUUUGAAUGAAAAUCAUGCAAAAUGUGAUGAAGAUGUCGAGGAUUGGCAGUCAUUGGGAAGCCAGUCAGAUUUGACAAAACCAGUUUCUGAUGCUCCAACACGCCCUCUAAGAAAACGAUCUUGCCCUUCACUAAAGAAUAAACAGCCCCCAGUGAGGAGUAUGGAUGUACAGUUACAAGAGAAAAUAGAGGCAGAACUUACAUGCAGUGACACAGCUUCAUCAGAGGAGACAGCCAGCAUGAUGACAGCAAAUGUUCCUUGUGUUUCACAAGGCACUGACACAUCACACAUACAGCACGUGGAAGAGAGUCGGAACAGUAUGCACACGAGAGUAGCAACAUUUGAAGAGCAAAGUGCUUUAGGAGCUGUUGCUCAUGGUGGGACAGACACAUUGGAGGCGAGUGGCAACAAGGGGAAUGCUGCUGCUACUUUAUCAGGCUGUGUUGCCUCCUCACCCCUGCCAACUUCCUGCUCUUAUCAGGAAGUUUCCAGGGCAGGGGCUGAGUGUGAUAAGCUGCCCCGCCUGGAAAAAACAACUGGAGACUGCUUCUUUGGUGGGAGGGCUUCAACGAAUGCAGACGGUCUACACAGCAGUACAUUUCAAGAGUGUGUGGAUGAAGAACACCACAAAAAAAUGGUAAUGAAGGCAGCCACAGAAAUCAUAAAUCAAGCACCCAGAGAUCAGCUUGAAACUGUCUUCUGUGAGGAAUUCGCUGACUUUUAUGAAGACAAACAGAAACAUGGUGGGAGCUCUAGAGGACUGUCGCAGCCAACUAGUGAUGCUGUUAAUCACGUCAACCCUUUGUAUGAAAAAUGCCAAGCUUUGAACGCCCAGGCUGAAGCAAAGGUGUCAGGGGAACGUCAACAAACUUCGGACAAAGGCAACAGCACCACAAAUAACUGUGUUCCUGUGCUGGGCCGUACAGCAGCUGAUGUGGCAGAAUUGUGUAAUGUUAAUCGAGGAAUACAAGGACACCAUAAUUCAUGCUACUUAGAUGCCACACUUUUUGCCAUGUUUUCCUGCACUCACACUUUCGAUGACAUUCUGAAUCGAGAACCUGAACAUGAUGACAUAGAACAAUAUGAGGAAAUCCAGAAAGUGCUCCGCGAUGACAUCGUUAACACUCUUCGCCGCGACCGUUAUGUGCCUAGCGAAAAUGUUAUGAGGCUUCGGCAGCUCCUUGAUGGUUUGGGAUGUGUGUCAGGACUCACCACUGAAGAGAAAGAUCCUGAAGAGUUUUUAAAUUCAUUGUUCCAAGCAUUAAAUGUGCAGCCAUUCUUAAAGCUAAGCUCACAACAAGAGACACACCUUUAUCAACUGUUUGUUGCUAAAAAUGACCUACUGAAAAUUCCUACUGUGCAGCAGCUUUUCCACCAGUCCAUUCAUGAAUGCAAGCUAAAGCUCAAGAAGAUUCCAAGAGCACUGAUCAUUCAGAUGCCUCGCUGUGGAAAGCAGUUUAAGCUGUAUGACCACAUUGUUCCGAGCCUGAAGUUGGACAUUACAGAUGCCUUGGAAAAUUCACCCAGGUUUUGCUACGUCUGUGGCAGACAGGCUACACAAGAGUGUUGGGAAUGCUUUCGAGCAGAUGUGGGCCUUGAAUGCACCAGUUACUGUGACAGCUGCAGCAAAACAGUUCAUCAACAUCAAGACCGAAUCGACCAUAAGCAGACUGCCUUGAGUGACGAGUCUUAUGGAGAGGAUGCACCACCUCUCAGAAAGUUUAUGGACCUGUUUGCAGUUGUCUGCAUUGAAACAAGCCAUUAUGUCUGCUUUGUGAAAUGUCCUGAGGGCAAGAACACCUGGUGCUUUUUCGACAGCAUGGCUGACCGUGAGGGAGGAGAGGAUGGGCACAACAUCCCCAAAGUGGACAGCUUCGAAGAUGCUGACACCUGGUUUGGACCAAAGGGCCUAGAAAAAUUACGUAACAUCUCUUCAUCUGAUAAGAGCAAGUUACUUCCUAGCAAGGCACGCAGGUUGCUUUGCGAUGCCUACAUGUGCAUGUAUCUGGACAAAUUUGCCAGGCAGUACAAUUGAUGCAUACUGGUUAAGCUUCAAACAACAGCAGUCAUGUAUAAGAGACAUGUUUGUGUACUGUGAACAGUUGAAUGAUUUAAUAUUGUAAUUAUUAAAUGAUUUUAAAACUGC